AAGAGAUAGAUAGAGAGAGAGAAACACAGACGGACGCACCCCUGGACGCGGACACGAGUCCCCAAAGCGUCAUCCGGCCUCUCCGGUGCGGCGGCGGCGGCGCCGGAGGUGAGAAAGAUGCCGAGGGCCGUCAGGAUCCGCGGCGACGAGCUGGAGAAGACGGAGCGGGAAGCGAAGAGGCGAAACCUGACAGAGAAGGAGAAGGAGGAGGAGGAGGAGUCGACAGCUCUCCACCCCACGAGCCCUAGAUCUCCCGGCGAGGUAGCUAUUCGGACUUCCCAUCCAAAGAUACUGUUCGCGGUCUUCGAGCCUGAUGACAGAACCCAGUUGGAAGCAAAACAAGAUCGUGUGGUCGAAUCCGUGGCGGAGGAGGAAUCUUCUUCCGAGCCACUCAGCCCUCCGAUCUACGAACCCUACCUUCCUGAGGAGCUAGCUGAUGAUCCGGACAUACUCCAUGAUUUCAAAGACGCCAAGGCCAGGUACUACAAAGAACGCAAUCGUCGAAUUCGCCUCUUCACCAUGGACCAUCACUACUAUAAAGCACCAUCCUGCCUGUUCAAUCCCCAUCUCUUGCUUCCUAUUCUUGAGCCCGCAAGGGAUGCAGCACUUCGUACUGCUAAAUCUGUCAUCUUGCUCUCAUCCUUUGUCGGGGAUGACCCACUGAACAAGUGCUCUGGUUUAUGGUUUCAAAGGGACGACCAGAGCAAGACCGCCCUUGUUUUGACGUCUGCUCAGCUCAUUCGUGAAAAGAACCCAAAGAAGCCAUCAGAGUGGAGGCAGCAGUGGACAGGCAAAUAUCUACGUGACGCUGAGGUCUUUGUUCACUUCCUGGACAACACAGCUGCACCUGGCCGCCUCCUCUAUCUCCAGGAGCAUUAUGAAUUUGCUCUCUAUGAGUUUGAAGUGGACAAACCAGUUCAGCUGCUUACUUUUACUGAGCGUGUGUGCUGUGGUCAAGAUGUUUUACGACUUGGAAGAGAUGAAAGUCUGGAUCUUAGGAUAAGUCAUGGUAUGGUGGCUCAUAAGAUUCCAUCCCGGCAUGAGCGAUGCCACUAUAUGUAUUUUUCUCGUGAUCCAUCUAGUCGCCUACUGCUUCAAGAUGAUGGAGGGGCCAUCAUUGAUUUAGAAGGGAAGGUGGUGGGUCUAGUUAACAACCAUAUUGUCGAGACUUUCGUACCUUCGUUCAUAUUGCACAGGUGCUUGGAUUUCUGGAGAAGGUUCAAUUGUAUGCCUCGCCUCCACCUUGGAAUGGCGUUCACUUCAAUCAAACAUUUAGAUCCUAUCUGUAUUGAGAGAAUGACUCAUGAUCAUAACAUCGAGUCCGGUCUUAUUGUUGAGCAGGUGUCUAAAGGAUCGAAUGCUGAGAAGAUUGGAAUUCGUGAGGGUGACGUUAUUGAAAGCUUUAACGGAAAGUACGUUUCUACAACAAUUGAGUUGGAGCAGAUGCUGAUAGAUAUAUGCUGGGAUCAUUUUCAUCAAGGAAAAUGUUUAUAUGAAGAAAAAGAUGUUUCAGUGAAAAUAUUUGAUGCUAUCAAACAUCGCCGGAGAACUAGAAACUUGACUGUAAUUGUAUCGGAUCUUGGAGAGGACAUUGUGAAAUGCACUUACCCUUUCAUGGGUAAAGAAGCAAUGUCAGUCUCUUAUGAUUCUUGAGCUUGGGCCUGAGAGAGGUACUUGCCCGUUGCUGGCCUUCAUGGAUGAGUCAAUGGAAAUAACCCUUUAAUGCCAAUUGCAAAUUCAACUUCGGAUAAUCUUUUUGUGUGUGCGUGUGUUCCCAGACAAAAACUUUAAAUUGUGGGUGCCUUUGGACCGUAGAAGCAGCUUAGCUUAGAGCACAUAAUAUGUAUUUUCGAGCAGAGCAGAACCUGUAUGCUAAAUUGCUAAUGGCUACUAACUUUGUACUAAAGUUAGUACAAAGUUGAGUCACUUAAUUUGGGAUGGAUGGAGUACUUAUUUUGA